GUCAGAGAUGAUAUCAUAACCCGCAAAAUGUUAACAGAAAAUUAGAACAUCAAUAUUACAACGAAAACGAUAAUUCUAUUAUGAAAACAUGGCUGACAAGUUUCGCCAUUUCGCACAAAGAGUGAAGGAUAAAAUUCAUUUUCCACAGUUACAAGCCAGUAGUCGUGAAAAAGUCGAUCAGCUUAUCAUCAAGUAUGACCCGGCUUCGAAAGUUUCAGAAAUAGCCGAGAAGUUCAAACAUGGUAAUAUUACUAGUAAAGUCAAAGAACUAGUCUCGAGAUAUGAAAAAUUCACGGGUAUCGAAGAGAUUAUGGCGAUACAGAACACCGUCAUCGAAGCACAGGAACGUUUCGUAACUGCCCAAAACCACAGACGCGAUCUGGGAAGAGAAUUGGCAGCAAUCGAGGCGAGAUUGAAGGAACUUCACGCGGAAAUGCAGAAUACAAUGAAGGGCGAUGAAAAGUACCUCCAGCUCUGUACUGAAGAACACAAGUUAAUCAUACAAGAGCGCGCGCUGAGGACGCUUUUCUCUGACGCGGAAAGAGAGGAGAGGGAGCUGUUCGCGACGAUGUCGUCCGCCGUGAAGCUCGGCCACGAGAGGGAGCGCGCGCACGCGGAACGCAACAAGUAUUGGUAUAUUGUCGCCUCUAUAUUUGGCACAGUUCUCGGAAUAGCUGGGUCAACUGUAAACAAUCGUCUCAAAAUGGCCGAGUUCAGAGACAUGAUGGAACAGCAGAUGGCUCGGAGCGCCAGCGUCCUGUACACUGUAGCUGGGGGUGGUUCAGCUAGUCGAGCUGACAUCGCUGAUGCUAUGAAGACUGAAUUCGCUUAUCAGGAGCAACUUGCAGCUAAUUUGACCUCGAUGCAGGAGAACAUAAAUAAUCUAGUCACAAAACAGGCCUCUUUGAUUGACCACCUGAACCACCAAGACCACGUCAUAGAGACCCAAAUCCGGGAACUGAAGCGUUUGAUAAUAGUCGCCUCGAAAAAUAGUGCCAAGUCAGAAGCGGAACUUGCAAAAGUACUAUCGGCUGUCCAUCAGGAAAUUGAAGAGGAGAAGAGGGAUGAACCAAUCACACCAAUGGUGGACGGUAAUCAGAUUCUGACAGGUCUUGGUAUAGUGAUGUGCGCUGUGGUAAUAUUGAGUAAUAUUUUCGGUAGGAUCAGUUGAUUUAAACGGCCAUUAAACGUCACUAUAAGUUUAAUAUUUUUAAAUGUUACUACAUAUGCGUAGAUUUUCGAUUUUGUUUUAUUCUUUAUUUAAAGUGUUGCUCCACUAAAAAAAUGUUUCGUUGUCAAGUGUGAUAUUGUAUUUUAAAGUUUUAUGUGACAUUUUAUUUGGUUUAACGUGUUCGUGUAGGGAAAUCGUUUUACCGAAUAUUUUAACCAGUACAAAAUUUGUCAUGUGAAAACUUGGACGCAAAUUUGCCAAAUGGUUGGAACAUUAGUGCAAAGUUAUGAUCAACCAAAGUUGGCGCAAAUAUUAUUCGACUUAAUUUUGGGUUCAAUUAAAAACUGAAAAGUUGAUAGACAGCCCUGUCUUAAGCACAAUAAGCGUUCAAGUAGUAUUUUGGCGAUCUUAACAAUCCUGCCCAAAAAAGGUUUUCAAAUGACUUUCUAGGGCAGUUCACCCAUAGUACAAGAUUUGACACAACACCCGUUGCUUUGGAUUCAAAAAACUUGCCAUAUGUGAAAAACAAAACGAAAUAAUAAUAAUAUAUUUUACCCUUAGUAUGUAGGUAACACGCUUUUCCAAAUGAAGUGUUGGCAUAGCAUAAAAUAUGUAAUAAAAACUGUUGUACGACAUAUUUUGUAUUCUAUACUUUUACAUACAUUAAAAAUAUAUAUAAAAACGUUAUUUUUUUUAAUUUGUAUUAUUAGCACAAGAUGAGGCCCAGGAAAAUGCAAACGAGUUAUUUUUCAAUUUUUAAUUUUUUUUUUUUAUAAAUUCUUGUCGCGGAGCAAGAAGAAUUUCGGACAUUGACCGUAUUACCUACGCCAGGGACUUAAUUUUUGUUUAUCUUGAUUAAUAUAAAUGCUAAAGUGAUAUCGAUUGUUACCCUUCACGCCUUAACUACACAACGGAUCGUAAUUAAUUCGCAUACACGUCAAGGAUACAGAAAUUGACAUAGUGUACCGAACUUAACAACUCCCCCCACCCCUCCACACGUGGUCGAAACUAUUUUACAGUAAAAAAGAAAGAGAGACCGUAGACUAUAUUUUCCAAUAGACAACUAACGAUUCCAAUUUAAUAACAAUUAAUUAUAAUAUAGAAAUAACAAAACGAUCUUCAAAAACAAUUUAGCAACGAUUCCGAGCUUACCAAUGGAAUGGAAUAGAGCCCGACUAGGAAAGGGUUAAAAUCACAUAACGGCGGUUACGCUUUUGUGAAUGCAAUGACAAUAUAGCCUAUUCAAAUGGAUUUAGGAGAAAAGAUAAACAAACCUUAGAUUUACGUAUUCCAUUCGAUUUGCUAAUAACUCAGGUAUUUCCAAUUUAUUCUUCUUAUCCUUUAAUUUGACUUCCAAAAUAACGAUAACAGUUUCGUCGAAAUUUAAGACGCCACUUUUUCGCAAAUCCAUAGUGAAUGUCAUAGAUUAGACAAGCUCUCAACCAAUGAUAAAUUUACUGUCAGAUGUGGUUUAUUUAGCUUUUCUCCUGUUAUGGUUGGAAUAGAGUAUAUAUAUCUACGCGAGUGUCAGGGACAAAUUAUAACGAGUCAAUCUACGAUAUUAUUAUUUCGUUAUCGAUACAAAAAACUUAGAAAAUAAGACUAUCGAGUUUGGCUUGUAAAGGAGUGAUUCUCAUUAUAAUAGAGUAUCUAGGGAGGCGAACGGUAACGUCAAUUUUCAAAGUAGUCACACGUCACAUCCGUUUAAUUACUCGAUGGUAUAGACGAUGAACUGAUUAAAUCCUAAUCAAGAUCUAAAAGCCCUCCAAAUACUAGAAGUGUUGUUAAAGCGGUCACUUGAUAAACAUUUCGCUCAUUGGUGUUGCCAGGAGAUAAAGGUGGAUUGUAACCAAAUAAAAUGUACCUAUAACCUACCCCUAUCCCCGUCCAACUGACUACAAAUACUGGAUGGCGCUUGUCUGGAACAGCCACUUCUUGCAGAUUGAUAUCUUGGUAGUUCCUUUUUUUAAAAUCGAUUUUGUCAAAAGCGUUUUUUUAAUUAAUUUGUUUUUUUUAUUAUUAAAAAUGGCGACAGUGUGAUGUUUUUUAUGCCUGUAUGCUGCUGGUCGGUUUUUUAUGUACUAUUAUACAAUUAUUGUUGUCUUGUAAUAAAUUGUUUAUCAUUCAA